AUGUGUACCUGUCGAGAAAAGCUUGAGAGCAGUUUUCCUGUUGAAUUUAUGUGUGACAAAAAAGUUUAGCGAGACAGCUUCUGCAAACCAGCAAACAAACCUCGUUCGAACGCUAUUUUGAUCAGAUAUUUUCCUUAAAAAUUUUAAUUUUGCAUUGUCUUGCUUUUGUGACGCACAUGCUUUAAGAGAUUUACUUCGAUUCAAAAGCGUUAUUAGCUAGACCAACUUAAUUAUAUAUGGUUUGGAGAUCGUUAGUUCAGUCGCUCUAUGAUGUAACUCCUUUUUAUUGACAACAACUCUUUUGAAAUGUUGUCUUGUACUCCCAAAAAGUUACCUGUGACAGCCAUCCCUGCAAAAACAAUGGAACUUGUACAGACGGAGUCAAUGAAUAUAACUGCAGCUGUGCACCAGGAUUUUACGGGACGCAGUGUGAAAAGAUUGAAGGCCUGUCUUGUUCAUCAGGUUUGUAGAGACGUGCAUCGUAUUUUGAUGACAUAUUCUGAGAGCGCAAGCUUCCUUCUCCAAUUUAAGAGGACUCUCGUGGAGGCGCGGUGGCUUCAUGGUUAGUGCGCUCGACUCCGUAUCGAAUGGUCCGGGUUCGAGCCCUGGCCGGGGUCAUUGUGUUGUGUUCUUAGGCAAGACACUUUACUCUCACAGUGCUUCUCUUUACCCAGGUGUACAAAUGGUACCAGCAAAUGUGCUGGGGGUAACCCUGUGAUGGACUAGCAUCCCAUACGGGGGGGAGUAGCAAUACUCCUAGCCGCUUCAUGUUAAGGAAACCUGAGUUAAGCACCGGCCCCACGGGCCAUUUGGGCCUGUAUAAAGGCUUUACUUUUUUUUACUUUUUCGUGGAGAUGGGGAUGACCAUUCAACAUUUUAGAGAGUUUUAGAUGAGACAUUAAUUAAGGUUCUUGAAGACAGACCACGCCAAUGUUUUAUUUUGAUAACGGUUUCCCAUAAAAACUUUCCGCAACUAAUAAUCGUCAGCGACAGGACGCUGUAAACUUAUUGGAUCAAUGUCAGUAUCUGAGUAAUUGCGCUCCUACCCCUCCCCUGACCCAACAAUCGUCAAUUGAUAACAACUUAAGGUUAAUGUUGGGUCAGGGGAGGGGUAACUGCGCAGUUGCUAACAUGCUUAUAUUAAUCCAAUCUAUCGCUUUUUAACUCUUUACAUCAUAACAUAACAUCAGUAUCCAUAUUCUCCAUACUGCUCUUUAUACAUUUCCUAAGGUGCUGACGAGGAGAAUUUGUUAACUGAUCAAAAGCCUCUUUGAUUGGUGAUCAUUUCCUUUAUUCUCCUGACCUUAAUGUUUGAUUCAGCGCUGACAUUGUAGGGAGAAAUUAUAUGCUAGUCACUCUUAGGGGUUAAAGGGCAAAAGAAGUAGAAAGUAACUGUUGGAUUUUAUAUAGUAGUGAAAAGUUUAUACCUUUUUAUAGGUUUUUUUUUUUCGCUCAAGCGGUUAGAAUAAUUUCAAACCAGCUCAGACACCUAUUUAGGAGAACACGACAAGCUAGCUUUGACAUCUCAGAGCGCUCAAGGUACUUUUUUUUGGAUCUUUCUCUCUGGUGUGCGUGGUAGCCAUGUGGAAGCCAAAGCAAGAUUUUUCAAAAAACAAAGACAAUCUUUACCCUGGGGAUCUGUUGCAAUAACCGUUAGGAUUACUUUUGUAUGUCCCCUCCUGGCUGAAUAAUCCUCUCAUUCGGAAUUCUCUGGCCUAUUUAUUUCGUAAAGAGUUGUUUUUUUACACAGAACCCUUUGCACUUAGUGUUUAUCAGUUACGUACGUGAUCCGGUAGCGGACAUGAGAUAUAAAAUAAUUUCUGAAACAAGACUAAUCCGGAAAUUUCGCAGUGAGAUUCAUCCAAUUUAAGAGUCGCUUUGUCAUUUCAGUGAAACUGGAGUAAAGAAGAUUGUGUUUUGUUGUUUCCUACAGCUUACCGAAUGGUCUUUGGACAGCCUAGCAUAAAGAGUUACGCCAGCAUAACAAACGCCACCUCGUCUAGUCUCUCGGAAUUUACUAUGUGCCUUUUUGUCAAAAUGAAGGAUACAAAUUUGAUUGGUAGCCAGUGCCUCUACAGUUAUGCGACUAUUGGAGCACGUUAUGGGAAUGCCUUCUACGUUUGUCUGUUUUUCCCAGGAAUUAGGAUCUCUAUAGACGCCUCGGAAAAUGAGUAAGUGAUGUGACAAACACGAUAGAAAUAGUAUGUACUCAAGUCAAAUGGCCCAUCCAACCAAACCGUAUACCGAUUUUUUUUUAAAUAAAGCGACCAGUAGGAGUAUUAAUACUUCCCCUUGGAUGGGAUGUUUAUCUGUUGCAAUUUCAGCAUUUCAUUCGGUUUCCCCGACAGUGUGCCGUAAUACUCCUGGGUGGAGUGAAGCACUGUAAGAAUAAAGUCUGUCGCCCAAGAACACAACACAAUAACGCACUAGAACAAGAUAGAGGAGAAUUAAAAAUAUACUGGAAUGAACGGCGAAUUACGCGCGAGAUAGGGAAGUGAAGAUGAAUUCUUUGAGCUCCUUCCUUCACGCGAGAUUCACACUUACUUUGGCUCACGUUAAAAAAAUAAUAUGCCUGUUCCCGCAAUGGGCUGAAGUGCUCCCAGCGGAGUAUUAGCGAGGCUUCUGAUGGUUUUGGCGUGGUUAGCAACAAAGUUAACUUGUUUUUGUUCCCAAGCGACUUAAAAAUAAACAAUUAAACGAGUCUAGUGGUUAAAUCAUUGUUAAUGACAAAAUUAAGUGCUAUGGCGUGUUGAAAGUUGAGUGUAUGGAGUUUGAGAAUUUCCGUGAGCAAGAAAAAUUGCACAGUGAAUUCCCGCAAAAACGGAGUCUUUCUCUUUUCGAAUAAAAUAAAUAAAUGAUACUCGUAAUAUAUCUCCCAUUCCAGCAGCUCACACGACGUUGUAAACAUGCAUAUAGUGCUACAUAUAGAAUUGGAAUGCAUGUUUACAACGUCGUGUGAGCUGCUGGAAUGGGAGAUAUAUCAAGAGUGUCAUUUAUUUAUUUUAUGUCCAAAUUGAGCACUCUAUUUAGGAGGAGUCAUGUCUCGCCAUUGUGCAUUCUCACAAGUCCUCUGACAUGGGUUGGAUGAUACCACAAUUGUGGUAUCAUUCGGGGUAGCUAAAUGCUUACACCUCCUUCCUAACAUUAGCAUUGCACUGAUGAGGCCCAGAAAGUCGAAACAGCUCAAAUAAGGGUGAACAACCAAUCCUGAUGCCACAUUGAAUUGGACCGCAAUCAGUCAGGAAACGAGUUUCUAACAUAGUUUUAAUUGUUUAUGUUCAUUUUCUAAGUGAUACAGACGCCAGAGUCAAAAUUAAUGAUACCACGUGGCAUCACAUUUGCGUUACCUGGAAAAACACCAAAGGCUACUGGCAGCUUUAUCUGGAUGGACAACUUCAAAUCUCUGGAACAGACUUGAAAAAAGAUCAUCAGAUACCAGCCGGCGGAACAGUUGUCAUUGGACAAGACCAAGAUAAAGUAGGAGGGGGCUUUGGUAUCGAAGAUAGCUUUGGGCCGGGUGAGGUAACAGAAGUCAAUCUUUGGAGCAGAGUCCUUUCAGGGGAUGAAAUUGCAACUCAGAAGGCAAACUGUGACAUCGCACAAGCAGGCCUUGUUCUCUGGUGGGGACAAUUUAAAGGAAACGUUACUGGUGUGAAAAUAGUCGAGCCUUAA